GAGGGCUUCGACUGCAAGUGGGAUGCGUCAAAUCGCCUGACUCUCACCAACGUGCAGCCGAUCCUUCGAAAUCAUCCUGUCACGGGCAAGGCUAUUUGGUACAACCACAUCAAUGUGCUGCAUGGCCAAAUGAUGCCUGGAGACUAUGCUCGCACCGCGAGCUUAUGGAGCGGCUGGGAGAGGCUUUGGCCGAUGGCUUUGAGCCUCUACUAUCGAGUGCUCUUCGGUAUCUACUCGAUUUUCUACGCGGAAGUGGACAUGGGGUCAACAGUCCUGAAGGAGAAUGGCGACGUCUUCUCCCCUGAAGAGAUCAGGGCCAUGAAGGAGGCGAUCCACGCGCACACGGUAAAUCAUGCCUACCAGCAAAAUGACAUCGUCAUGUUGGAUAACCACCGAAUAGGGCACGGCAGGGAGAUCUACCUUGGACCCAAGGAAUCCCGGGUGAUCUACACAGCCUGGUCAGAUCACUAUCCACCCUCCUGGGCCGGCCCAGAGGAUUCUUCAUCUCACUGUCGCCAAGCCUAA